UUCAACUCUGUAAAAUCGAAAUAAAAUGGUGAAAAGUGACGAAACUGUGACCAUUACAGACACCACCAAGUUGCUCGGUGAUGUCGCAUCUCUCUACCAGAACCAGAAAUUUUCAGAUAUUACUCUGCUCGUCGAUGACAAAAAGCUAUAUGCUCACAAGGUGAUUUUGGCCGUGAGGAGCAAGUACUUCGAGUCGCUCUUUUACGAAGAUUCGCAGAACAUAAACCAGGCCGAAAUGGCCAUAACUGGUGUGACUUUCGACGCUUUGAGCAGUUUGUUAAAAUACAUUUAUACAGGUACCAUCACCAUUCCCUCCGAUGUUGACUCAUCCCUUCAGAUACUAGGACUUGCCCAUCAAUAUUCAUUCACAGACCUCCAAACUACCAUCACCAAAAAACUAAAACUUCUUCUAAAUUUGAAAAAUAUUUGCGCCGUCCUCAACACUGCCAACCUCUACGAUUCAGAAGAACUGCUCGAAGCUUGCCAUUCUUUCAUGGACCUGAACGCCUCUGAAAUCGUUGCUAGCGACUGUUUCACAGACCUGUCUCAAAAAUCGAUGAUUAAACUUUUAGAACGCAGUACUUUUUUUGCUCCCGAAAUCGAAAUUUUCAAAAACGUGGCUAAGUGGUGCAAAAUCAACAACGACGUUGACGAUUUAGUCAUACAGUGUGUUCGUUUGUCGUGGAUGACUGUUGAAGAUAUAGUGUCAACAGUGUGGCGUUCGAAAAUAUUCGACUGUGAAAAACUAUUAGAAGCGAUUGCUGAAAUCAUUGGGUUUAAAGAGAAGAGUUCCAAUGCUAGGGGUUUUUACGUUGUUGAUGAGAAUGUCGCAACACUUCAACGCAAUGGGCAGAUGAUUUCGGGAGGUGGAACGUAUAACCUUCUAUCUGGACCCGGAAGCAUAGAAUAUGAUUAUCAUGCUUCCCACCAUAUUAACGGUAGGGAUGCACUUGUUGUCAAACUUGGCAAACCUUCGUAUUUUAAUCAUAUCAAGAUGAGAUUUUGGGACACUGAUCUACGUAACUAUUCUUACUACAUCGCGGUUUCUCUUGAUGGAAAAACGUGGCGAAAAGUCAUCGAUUACAGUCACAUAAGUUGUUAUUCUCACCAAGUGUUGUUUUUUGAGCAGCAGGUGGCCCAAUACAUUAAAAUAGAAGGAACUCACAAUUCUGUAAACGCCUGGUUCCAUUUGCUAUUAUUUGAAACGUACCUAAAGACGACUGUCCCAAAAUUUUCAAAUGGCAUUAUCUGUCCGGACAAGAAUGUAGCCACUCCAAAAGUAGCUAGGGUUAUAUCAGGUGAAAACCCUUCGGUUCUUUUAAAUGGAGACUUCCGCAAUUACGAUGAGAGUGCAGGUUUUACUCACCACGAAAUCGGUUCAGGAAACAUUACAAUACAACUAGCUCAACCGUACUUGAUUUCGAGAAUGAAACUGCUACUAUGGGGCAAAGAUGAAAGAACUUACAGAUAUUUUAUCGAAACAUCUCUUAACAAGACUAACUGGGAACUGGCUGUGGAUCGGAGGCACGAAGAUUGUAACUCUUGGCAAAAUCUUGUGUUUAAAGAGAGAGCAAUGGUUUUCAUUCGGAUUACUGGAACUGGUAACUCGGCUAAAGACGGUUUCCGCGUUGUUCACUUUGAAUGUCCUCCUGAGGAAUGAAAGAAGAAACCUGAAGAUGCUCGUCUGUAAUCAGAAGAAAUACUGUAAAACGAUUAAUUAGUUUGAAAAUAAAAAUUUGCUUUAAUAA